AAAUCAUUUCAUUCGUGGCUAAAGACAACUCAUCUCAACAAUGACUGACUUCACGGGAAAAUACAAACAGACUUCGGCUGAAAAUCUGGAGGCGCUGUUCAAAGAGAUUGGGGCGCCUCAAGAGGUUGUAGAUCGCCUAAAAUCGUCGAUUUCGGAACUGGAGGUCACCAAAGCUGGCAGUGAAUACACCGUCAAAAUGAUUACACCCGACAGAACCCGUGAGACUAAGUUCGAGUUGGGAAAGGAGUUUGAGGGACCCCGGUUUGGGGGACCGGUAGUUAAGUCGGUGGUGGUGGCGGACGGCAAUAAACUCAUUGAGACUAUUAAGGGGGAAAAGGAGAUAAAGAUUGUGCGCGAACUCAAUGGUAAUCAACUCCGGGUGUCCACCACUGUAGGGCCCGUGGUUGGGGUCAUCACAUAUGCCCGACAAUAG